ACUUCAUGUCGGUUUAAUGGAAUUAAUUUUCUUAUAUCUGCCUGACAAAAUAAUGAAUUAGAAAUAUAAGAUAUAUGUGCAGUCGAAUUAUAAUGUGCUUCAACUACCCAUGGCGCAGUAUUUUAAGCAAUGGAAACUCGGCUUAAUCGUUUGUGGAGAUGGCUUUAAGAAGCGUGUCAGGGAGUGUCUUGCGAAUCGCUGCUUUACUGUAACAUUACAGACGGCAGCCUGAUUUCACGCUGUACAAUAAAAGCCACAUUUUACAAGCUUUGACUGAACUACAAAUACGCGAUGGGUCCGUGCGGUCAGAUCACGCGAUAUUUUAGGAGAACUUGGCCUGGCGUCUUACUGUGGCAAGUUCACGUUACAAAGCCAAUACUUUCGGUAUUACACCUUUCUAGAUAUAUUUAAGAAAUUAUUAGAGUUGUUCCUGUUAUUAAUAUGCAAAAAUGGUUAUUACGAUCGAAAUAAGAAAAAUGUACAGAUACCCCUUUGAGCGCGUGGUAGACAUGCAUCUGAACAAGGUAAAGUGUGACUCGCUGCCAGUCCGUAGUGCUGUGAAUGUCCACAUGUGCAACUACUCCAGUACCCGACACCUCUCGAGCAGGAUGUGAGAGGCAUCAAGACGGUGGAGGAGAAAAGAGAUCAUGUUUCCGGGAUUGUUUACAGAAAGAGGAUAGCGGUCUGCAAUAACGUACUGCCCAGCAUCCUCAGAAAGGUCUCCGCUCACCUGCACCACAUGGACACACUUUCCUGAAAACAUCAGUCAGACAGACACUGCCCUUCAUCAUUUUAGAAGCUCACAUUCUGCAGUAUUAAAAUGUGGUUUAGCCACAGAACAGGGCUACUUGUUUGUAAAGAUUACCAAAGCCAUAGUGUUCUGUAGAUAGACCUGUGCUAAGGUGCCUAGUGAUCUGGAACUAUGCACAUCCCACACCUUUCAAGGGUUAGGUUAGGCUUAGGUUAAGUUAGGGUUAGGGUUAUGGUUAGGUACCCUGGUGUCCAUGGUAACAGUUGCCCGGUAUCUUGUUGAGAUGUUGGCAGUCGGCCACUGGAGGAUGUUGUCUUGUAGAUGCAGUGUCCUCACGCCAGCGUGGCGUCCAAACCGAUUGCAGUUUGACGGCCUUUGCGGGCCACUCCUCAGCCCCUGGUGUCUGCUUGACCUGCAGCUGACCGUGAUGGACGUUGACGACGUCUUUCUGGAAGAGGAGUCCUGGCUGGACCUGAAGCAGAAGACCAUGAACAUCAAGAGCCGCUGCUUGACCUGGACUCAGUUCGCGACCUUGCAGGAGGUGUCCGUCUUCAAGGAAAGCCCAGCUAACCCCAACUGGACGGAGUUCUUCCAGAAAGGCAGUGUUACUGUGACGGGAGUGGGACGACUCAACAGGCUGUUUGAGCUCUUUGCUCAGUCCUUCUUCAGCAAAGGAGUACAGAAGAGCGUGCAGGUCAUGGAAACUAUCCUGGAGCAGAAAUUUGGGCAUCCAUGUUCCUGAAAUGCUGCCAUUUGGGAGCCAACGUCUCCUGUUCCCCGAAGAGGAUAUCUUAAGAAGAAUCGCUUCUUCAGUUUUUAAAUGAUGCUGACGUACGAUGUCACUGAUCUCGAAGUUUGGGAAUUUUUUUACUAUAAGCCAUGUGUCUGAUGAAUACACAGCCAUUUUCUCACGGACACAGGUGCUCGACCAUCAUGGAUGUUAAUGUUCUCUAGGUGUUUGCUGUGUUUCCUGCAGUCGCACGUUUGCUAACACCUUUAGCUAAUCUUAUCCAAAUAAAAAAGUGUGCAUAUACAUAUUUACACGUUUAAGAGUUAUACUAGUUUCACUAGCAUUACCUAUAACUGUUAAUCUGCUAAAGAAAUACAGAAAUUCACAGAGGAAAUUGAAAUGAACAGGUGGCCAAUGUGUCUCAUUCCAAGGUUCCCAUAAUCCAGGGACGUCAGAAGCAUUUUGAAUGUGGGGGGGGGGGGGGGGAUAACACACUGGCAUAAAACUAAUAUUUUAUGUUAAAUGUGGGGGGGUCCAAACGAAUAAUUUUGAAAUUUAAUGGCAGCAAUGCCCAUGCCACGAUCCCAGGGGGCAUACCAACACAGAGGGUGAAUUCAACACAGACGUUAAAUGUUUUGCAGUUAAAAUGAAUGUAUAACUAAAGAUUCACAACCAAAGGUACGGGAAAGUUAGAGACAAUUACGGGAAGCUUUCAGAGUGACAUUUUCUAGCACACUUAGAAACAGCAACAACCAAAAUUUUAAAGUCACUUCAGUCUAAUCUUGAUGCCUGUCAUCAAACCUUUUUUUUUUUUUUUUUUUUACCUUAACCGAACAAUCAUUUGUUGUACAAUAAUGUUCAAAAUAUUCAAAUGAGGAAUUUUAUUUGCCAAAUUACUAUGAAUAUAACUGCUGGGUAUUAAAAGACCAUGUUGUACUUUAGAAUGAGAUCUUAGCUGUUUUGUGCAAUGUGAUUCUCUUUAUUGUUUCUGUAUGUGAAAUAUUGAGGUGUUUGAACUGAAAAAAGUGUUUUUAUUUCCUCUCAAAUUCUCUCUAGUGUUCAGAACAUAGUGUUGACCUGAAUGUAUAACCAAUCACACGAUUAUAUAUAUUUUAUGUUGGAUCGUACAGACCUUGUUUACCACCGCGGAGGCUGAUACCCUGAACUGAGGUCCUCGGUUCAUCUCACUCUGCUUCAGUGUCCAGUUCUGUCUCCUAGUUACUGGUUAUUGCUCAUGCAUAUGCCGCCGGUUACAGGCUACCUGUCACACUGAUCCUGCCUUUUACUGGUUAGCUCUCAUGCAUCCUGAUGGUCACUGGUUAUCUCCCACGCACAUCCUGCCAGUCGUCUUUCCUUGGUGGUGUUUCCACAUGACGCCUCAGGGCGUUUGACGUGAAUGGCCUGCACCGCUCCUCUUCAGCUGUGAGCCGUGCUGUGGCCCUAACAGAGGGGACCCAGGGCCCCCGUCCGCUGUGGAUGGACGGCCUCCUUCCCGUUGUGUGGUGUCACAUGGGGACACCGGUCACAUGGUCAUGGCGAGACUCAUGCUGACCGUAGGCGAGGUUGAUGGUGAUCAGGGAUGAUAGCAUUGUCUGUAGCCUUCCACGGGGAUUUCAUGUGUCUCUGUGUCUGUCACUUAUUAUCAAACUGCAGCCUAGGGGGAGUGAGGAAGUCGUGCGUGACAGCCAUGCCAUCGCUGUUUGUUUACCGCCGUUUGGGAAGAUUCGUCAGCCUGCUUUUCAAAGGUACGCGUGUGAGCUGGGCAGCUUUAUUAAACAUUACGGUUUGCUAGUAACAUUAUAUGGUCUGACGCUCGACGUGAGUAGGGUGAGGUGGACGCCUCACCAAAUGGCGCGACGGGUGGAGUGGAUGGUGCUCAGAGCCCAGGCUUUGCUCUCACCUGUCUGUCUCACAGGACGGCAAGAUGAAAUCCAUGAUAGCCAAAGAAUUCCUGCACACCUGUACCUGUACAAAUACAUGAUUAUUACAUUUGUUUUUUAAACUGCCGACUGUAUCGGGCAGUAUUAAAAUCACCAGAUUAUCUGACCUCAGUAUUAUUAUACAGGCUUGAAAUAAGGGACUGGGAUCAAUAACAAACCAUCAGGUUGUGAAACGCAUUUAUUUGUACGUUUUUAGGUUUAAUUGUCCGCAACAUGCAUCAUUGUUGAAACUAUUUUUAAAUAAAGAGCAUGAUUAUAUCUUU